UUGAACUGGCUUCGUUGUGUAAUAGGCUUACUGUUCAGACGUAACAAUCUAAUGUUUUAGGUCAGUGGUUUCGUGCUUAGCCGGAAUGUAACUGAAAAGAUACGUGUAGUAGUGUCUCAACACAUGCCUUGCUUACACUCCUGGUGUGUGGUCAGAUUUAGAAUGGGAGACUUUGACAUGUUCAAAAUGAAACAUCUUUUUCAUUCUCUUGAUAACUAUUUCAUUACACACUAUUGUCGUAUACUUUUCAUAUUAACUGAGAUGCAUUUACAUUUAUAAAACACUGGAGCUAAUUAUGGUUCUACAAAAGAAAUUCUCUUUUAUUCCAGGUUCAAUUUAUGAACGAGUAAGCUAACUUGUUUUUAUUUGCAGUAGUUUGAAAUUAUCUGUGCAGUGAUGUGUGUAGUUAGUGCAGAUAAAGAUCUAGAUCUCAAUGUUGAGUCUAGUUGCUGCAUGAAUUUCUUUCAUUCCUGACUAGAACUUAUUGGACAAGAACCACAUAGUUAUUUAAAACAACUAUUAACACUAUGCUGUGAUUCGGUCUUCCAUUUAAAGUUAUUUCUAAAUGCAAUGAGUGUAAUGUUUCACUAAAGGUGAGAUUACAAUGAUACAAACAAAUCAGAAUGAUCAAGUCCAGGCUAGUGAAACUUGGAUGGACAGAAGGUUUAGGUUCACACGUCAAGACUUUGCGUUUCCUCUCUUCACAUGUGGGCCAACUGUCUACAGAAGGAUCUGAACCUAAACCCUUUGAUGCGAUUCCAGGUCCAAAAGGCAUCCACCUGUGGCCGAUUAUUGGCUCGAUUCUUAACUUCAAACCUUUCACAAAGUACACGCCUGAGACAUUGCACCAGUAUAUGGACGAACUCCAUGAAAAGUUUGGACCUACUGUGAGGUUACGUCUUGGAACUGAAGCUGUUGUGGUCUCUGAACCUAAAGACGUCGAGACAGUUUUUCAAAAUGAAGGGAAAUAUCCCAAGAGACAUGGUUUUGAAAUGAUGAGUAUAUAUGCGAAAAGAAACAACCUUCAAGACAGUAUUUCACAAUUACAAGGCGAGGCUUGGCAGUCUCUUCGGUCUCCAGGUAAUAGGCGACUCAUGAAAGUUGAUUCAGCUUUACAUUACCUUGGUCCUCAGAGUGAAGUGGCUGAUAACUUUGUGCACAUUCUAGCCACACAAGAUGUAUCACCUGACAGGCUUCAAGAUCUAUGCUUUCGAUAUGCCUCUGAAAGUAUUGCUGUUGUGGCAUUCAAUGGAAGACUUGGGCUGUUUGACGCCAACCCAGAUCAAGGUUCUGUUGAUUUCCUGAAGGCUGCAGAGACAACAUUCGAAAUGAACGGACGAGCGUUGCUGGGCAAGUCUAUAGGGCACAGAUGGUAUCGAAACGAGACCUACAAACAGUUGGAAAAGUCUUAUGGUCUUGUCAGAAAAGUGGCUUUAGGUCAUAUAGCCCAAGCCAGAGAGUCUCUAGAGCAAAGAAUACAAGCAGGACAGUUGAAUACAGAAGAGCCAAAUCUCUUAUUUUCUUUGUUGUCUGAGAAGGGCCUUUCAGAAGAGAUGGUGGCCAAUUUAAUGAUCUCCUUAUAUUUAGCUGGAACUGAGUCGACAGCAAAAUAUAUGCAGGUUUUCUUUUACAAUUUGGCUAAAAAUCCUGAAAAACAAAACAAAGUUAGAAAAGAAAUUUUGGAUCUCUUGGGCCCUGAUGGACGUUUAACUGCUGAGAAGUUCUUGAAGAUGGUAUAUUUAAAAGCUGCACUGAAAGAAUCGUUCAGAUUGAUUUCCCCAACCUCUCUGGCCACCUCUAGAAUUCUUCCUGUGGAUGUCGUGCUGGGUGGCUACAAAAUACCAGCAGGGACUAUCCUAUAUCUGAAUUGUCCAAGAGCUUCUAAAACUCAUUUUGAGAACCCUUACGAGUUUCUGCCCGAGAGAUGGCUGAGAAGGGAAGACAGCACCAAGAAAGAUUCCGCCCUACAUCUGACUGUCAUACCAUUUGGCCAUGGUCCCAGAAACUGUCUUGGACGACGAUUUGCUGAACAGGAACUUCAUUUGGCUGCUAUAAAGGUACUUCAAAAACUUCAUAUCGAUGUGCAUCGAGAGUCAGCGUUUGAACAAUUCAUCUACAGACCCUUUGCAACUCCAGAUAAACCAAUCAGAUUUAAGUUUACAAAAAUCGACUAGAAAUGAAAUUAAAAUCUUAAAAUAUUUUUCAUUUUUCAUGUUUUGAAGAAAAUAAUCCAUAAAAAGGUUUUUAAGAUCUAUUGUAUGUAUGUAUAAUCUUAUGCAAAAGAAAAUGUGUUUAACCUUAAUCAAUUACAUAUCCUUUGUAAAUAUUGUGUAUAUGAAUGUUCUGAUUAUUUCCAUGUUUGCCCUGGCCAGGGCCGGCCUUAGAUAAUUGGAAACCUUAGGCGAAGUGAAUAGGAUGGCCCCUAAUGAAACAGAAAAACCUAAACUUGACCGAAAAAAUACUCAAUAAAUGAAAAAACCUUUCUCUGUAUAUAUGUAACUCAAUUUUUAAAAAGUCAAAUUCAUAUAGACAUAAAGCCGAUAGCACGACAUUGCUUCAUAUACGAUCCAUGACCAUCGGACUAGAAAUAACGUUUCCCUAUUUCAAUCAAAGGAAUAAGCAAUGGUCUUUGAACAUAUGUAGUCUAACAAGUAGGUCUAAACAUUCGUCAACAAACCUUGCAUCACAUUACAGACAUAGAGACAUAGAGUUCUGUUAUACUUUAGAUUAGAUCCAUGUUUUCAUCUUUUUUCUUUCACUUAGAAAAUAAUUUUCUGAGUUCUAUGCAAGUCCCCCCCCCCCCCCACUUAUCAAAGACUCUAGGCGUAUGCCUAGUUUGCUUAUGCCUGAGGCCGACCCUUAUAGAUGCCUACAUUAUAAAAAACACUACUUAUCUGUAAUAUCAAGGAGAAAGUAAGGCGUAUGUGUGUAUGUAUGUAUAUUCCAAAUAAAAAUCAAAACCGUUUGACCAAUCUUGAUAAAACUUGGCAUAAAAGUUUCUUAGAUCAUGGUGGGGACCGUAGUGUAUGUUUAAUGUCCCUCCUAUAACUGGAGAGACACUAAAAAUAGACAAAACGUACCUAAUUCUAUCUCUACUAAAUAACGAAACUUUUUAACAAAUCGUGUAGACCCGUUUUCACAGUAAUUUUAUUGGAUAUGAAUAUGUCGGCUGAACGGGUAAACCCAUUUUCACUGUACUUUUAUUUUCGUUGCUAAUUUUUUAAAUGUGAAUGGAACAUUCUCCAUGUUUGACUUAAAUCUAAAUUCACUCCAGUAGAUUUGUAAUAGCCAAAUUAUGGCCAGCUAGCUAGUAUGAAAUAAAAUAGACUUAACUG